AUGGCUGCGGUGACAGAGAUGCUGUGUGGAGGAGAGGCGACCGAACUUCAGAACGAGCUGGCUGCGCUCGCCUCGCCUAUGGUGUGCGGGAAGCGAUGGUCGACGCCUUCGGCGGCGUACAAGUGCAAGACGUGCGAGACCGACUCGUCAUGCAUUGUGUGUGUCGAGUGCUUCCAGGCCGGCAACCAUGAUGGCCAUGACUACUAUCUCAUUCGGACUGCCGGUGGAGUCUGCGACUGCGGCGAUGCCACCGCCUGGGAUCCGGCCGGCUUCUGUGACGUCCAUCGCGGUCAGUCCGAGGACGACGAUCCCGCCGCCGUGCUCCCGCUCGACGUUGCUGCUGCCGGCACCGCCGUCCUCACCGCCGCCAUCUCGGCAUUGGUCGAGCACGCGCUCAACUCAUCGCCGCGCGCAAUCGACAUUCUCAAGUGGCUGCUGGGCGUGCUCGAAGCGUUUGGCGACCCGCUCCGUCGCCUCUCGUGGGUGGCUGCGACGUCGGCGCCGGCCGUCGACACACCUGGCCUGGCCAAGCGUGCCGAGACUCCCAGCGGAGCCUCGCUUCUCGACUCGCUCUUCUCGCUCGAGGUGAGCGACGGCAUUGCCUACCCACGCAUCAAGCCGCUGCUCUUCGACCUCUACUACGAGUGGAUCCAGGACCUCAAGUUCAAGUUUGUCUUUGCCGCCGCCCUCAUGCCGUGGUACCCGCCACUCGCCGACUCGCACCGCCGUUCCGGCUCCGAGUGCGUCCUCUCGCUCUCGAUUCAGAUCCUAACCAUCCCGGCCGUCGCUCUCCGUGUCGCCACCGAGAACAACGCCUUUGCCGUCAUCCUCGACAAUCUCACCGCCACCCUCGCAUCGGCUGUCGACGACUCGGGCCCACGUGCCGUCAUCCGUCCCUCGGCCUCGUACUUUUCCGAGAUGCAGUUCCUCUACACGGGCCUCUACGACCUCGACUACAUGCUCAACGACCCGCGCACCGCCGCCUACAUGCUCUUCGACUCGCCGACUGCCGACGCCGACCUCCGCAAGUUUCUCGCCAUCGUCGCCCUCGCCCAGGAGGCCGUUCCCGAGUCCCGCCGCGUCAACUCGCAUGUUGAGCGCGAGUCCGACGACUGGAUUCAGGUCUUCAACUUUGUUGCCAUCCUCGAGACCAUCUCGCUCAAGCUCCUCGCCGGUUUUGCGGCCGGUCCGGUCGCCGCGGCCUCGCCCGACGACACCGCCCUCGCAUACGCCCGCGUCCUCGCCACAUGCAUCUCGGUUCUUGAGACAUGGCUCGCCGCCGUCCCGGACUCGUUUGUCACCCUCGACACGCUCCCAGACCCGUUCACCGCGCUCGCUGGUCCUGGCCCGUACCGCAUCAUCGACUACGACGUGGCUUCAGCCCCGGUCUCGGUCUUCUAUCCGCUCCAUCGUGUCUUUGGCUCGUUCCUCGCCUGCGCUCUCUCCAAAACUUCGGUCUCCAUUCUCUCCACCCUCCUCUGCCCGGUCGACAACUUGCCGUUCUGGCUCUCACUCGCCGAGGCGCCGCUCCGGGUCCUCGUCCUCUCGUCGCAGGCUCGUGCCGGCCUCUGGGUUCGCAACGGCUGGGCUCUCCGCGCCCAGCUCCACAUGUACAAGGAGCGGUCAAAGACCCUCGCCCACGUCCAUGACAUCUCGCUGCUCCAGUGCAUCGCCCUCCUUGUCGGCCCUUCGAUCCUCCUCCCGCCUAUCCUUGUCCGCUAUGGCAUCCUUGAUGCCUUUUCCCACAUCUUUGCCAAGCCAACCACAACUGCGCUCGGCUCGGCGCUCGCGUCGCUCCUCGGCGCGGCCGGGGAGGGCUGGGCCGCCGCCGCCAGCGCCAAGACGGCCGACUGGCUCGCGCCCACGGGCGCCAUUGUCGCCGACUGCCUCGAGCUCCUCGCAGUGCUAGCUCUCGAUGCCACUGCUGCCGACAUUGUCCGCGACCCGGCCGCUGUCCUUGCUGACCAGAUCCGCCAUGAGCUCGCGGUCCAGCCGCUUGCACACUCCAAGCUUGUCAAGGCUCUCUCCGCCCACGUCCGCACUCUGUUCGAAGCCUCGGUCACUGCCCCCGGCGGCGACCCGCUCGAUGCGGUCAUCGACUCGGUUGCAGACUUUCAUCGCCCUUCGCCGACAAAGUCGGGCGUCUACCGUCUCCGCACCGACCAGUGGGCCCGCCUCUCGCCGUUCUACACCGGCAUCGCCACCAAGGAGCGUGCCUCGGUUCUAGAGAACUACUCUCUUGCCGCCGCCAAGCGCAAGGCCCGCCUCCCGCCCUCGCCUUGGCCGCAGCUUCCGUCGCCCGACUCUGUUCCCCGCGACUGGCUCGCCCUCCAUACUGUCGUCGCUUCACCGCUAGUCAUCGAGCUCGUCGCUGCUGUCUGUCUCGCCCCGCGCGCCCCGUUCCAAGUCGCGCUCAACGGCUUGCACAUUCUCCGCAUCGCCGCUUCCGCCCUCGCCAUGGAUCCACUUGUCCUUGGUGCCGACGCGCUCGACCUCGGCAACGAGGCCCAUCUCGGGCUCCUUGCUGGAGUUCUCUCGCGGCUGGACGGCCUCGCCACGGCCCAUGCCGACGUGCCGGCGGUUCCGGCGCUCAUCGAAGCCGUCCGCGCCGCCAUCCUUGCUCUUUCACCAGUCCAGGCCAUGCUCGGCUCGACCACCGAAGGCAGCAGUGCCGGCGAUGACGCGGCUUCCGCCUCGCCGUCGGCGUCGUCCUCGCCGGCCGACGCCGCCGCCGCCAAGCGACGCGAGCGUGCCAAGCGGCGCCAGGCCAAGAUGAUGGCAAAGUUUGCCAAGAAGCAGUCGGCCUUUGCCGCCGGCCGUGCAACCUCACCGCCGGUCGAUGCCGGACCGCUCUCGCCAAGCGGUGUCGGCUCACCCGGUCUCGGUGACGACGACAAUACCGCGCUCACUGCGCUUCGCACCAAAGACCCGCUGCUCGACACCUCGGACUUUGUCUGUGUUCUCUGCAUGGAAGCCGUCGACGACUCGCAGCCGCUAGCCAUGCUCACGCUUCUGGAACGCUCGCGGGUCCUCGCCGCUGCCACCUCGUCGACGCUUCGACACUUUGCGAGUAGCCAUGGGCCGAGUGGCCAGGUCUGGCCCGAGCUCGCCGCCGUUCUCGACACGGCGGCGUCGGCAUCGUCGGGCGCUAUGUACGCCACCCCGCGUGCCGCCUCGCCGGCGCUCGAGUCUGAGCUCGAAUCCGAGUCCGACGGCGAUGACGACGACGGCAGGUCUGGCGGUGACGAAGCUAACGCACUCGCUGACAUGCUCGCUGUCUCGGCCGGUGACCUCAUGGCCGGCCUCCGCGAGCGUGCUGCCGAGGAAGAUCCAGUCAUGGCCGACCAGCUCAUGGCCAUGCUCCAAGGCAUGCUCGAGAACGCCGGCGGCGCGGGCCUCUUUGCCAAUGCCCUCACCGGCGCUGCCAUGGCCGCUGCUGCUGGCGGCGACGUCUUUGACGACGGCGACUCGGCUUCGGACUCGGGCGAUGACGGCGACAUGCCCGGCCUCAUUUCCCACAACGACAUUGCCCGCCUUCUCGACAACGAGGAGAUGUUUGCCGCCCUUGCCGGACCAGGCCCCUCAGAUUCGGACUCAGACUCUGGUGAGAGAUCUUACCCUGGCUCGGAUGACGACGACAAUGUCGGUGGCGCCGGUAGCGGUGGCGCUGGUGGCUUCUUUGAUGCGCUCUCGGGCGUGCACGGACUCGACGCGGACGACACAGGUAACAACCUUGGCUCGCCUGCAACAAGUGAAGCCGGCAAUAGGAACGACAACGACGGGGACGACGACGAUGCCAACGACGAUGCGAUGGCUGCCCGCAACACACCGCAUGGCGUGCCGUCAUACAUGACCGGCGACGCAGUGACGGCGACUGGGUGCGGCCACUGCAUGCACUCGUCGUGCUUUGAGGACUUUUUCUCGUCGCAGCUCGCUGAGCGCGGGCGGCAGCGCAUGAUUCGGUCGCUAAUGGUCUCCCUCGAGCACGGCGAGUUUAUGUGCCCGCUCUGCAAGUCGCUCUCCAACGCGCUCCUCCCGCUCACGUUUCUCCAGCGGCCAUACGAGGCGCUGACGACUACGGCGGGCGCGGCGGCCGAGCCGAUCAGCGCACCAGAGCUCACUGACGCAGAGGGCUCUGCACUGCAGUUCUUCUCGUCGCGGCUCUACCUCGCUGCACACCCUGAAGCCGACGCGUGCGAGAGCCCGCUCUCGCCUGUCAACGCGUACCUCGCGUGGGACGCGCUGGUCACCACGGUCACCAUGCACGAGCUCGCGCUCCGGGCUUCGCCCAACUACAACCCGCGCGCGCCGCCGCACACCUGGCUCACCUCGUUUGAGCUCAACCAUGUCAAGUCGAUGGGCGCGCUUGCCGCAGUCCUCGCCGCCACUGCGGGAGUGCUUGUGCCCGCAGCGGCAGCGCGGGGGGCCUGGUUCGACGCCGCUGGCACGUCGCCGGGUGUGGUUGCGGCGGCGGCACGAACCGCGUCUAUCUGGGCGCUCUUUGCGCACGCGGUUGAGUUUACGCCACCGGGCGCCGACGCGUACCGCGCCGUCUUGGCCGGCGCGUGGCAGAUGACGGUGGCCGGCGCGGCGGCGCUGGCGGCGCGGCUCGGCCUCGCUGGCCCGCUAGCCGAAAUGGUCACACCUUUUCUCCGCCGCGCCGCACUGUUGCAGCUGGCGUACGGGACUGGAAGCAGCGGAAGCGACGGAUGGCAAGCCGGAAGCGAUGAGGAGGCCGAGGCCGACGUCCUCGCGCGCAACCUCGGGCUACCGACCAUGGCCGAGCUCGCCACCGGCCCGCCCGAUACGCUCGGCUGGCUAGCGCACUUUGUCCGCGACGACGUGGCGGCAUCAGGCAAGACCGAGGAGUGCGAGGCGACGUCGCUCUUUGAUGAGCUCGGGCUCCGGGUUGAGCUGGACGGCACAACCGGCCUCAUCGAGCCAGAGACAUCGUUUGAAAAGCUGGUUCUUUCGGACAAGGCGUGCAUCCAGUGCGGUGAGGUGAGUGGCGAGCGGGCGCUCUGCCUCACCUGCGGAAGCUGCCUCUGCGUCGCCAAGUGCGAGGUGCUCGCCGACUCGUUGGCCUCACCGCGGCCUGGCAACUGCAACCGCCACAUGACGCAGUGCUCGGGCGACCUGGGCAUGUUUCUUCUCUUGCGGACGUCAGAGAUUGUGGCGCUGCGCCGAGUGUCGAGCGGGCGCGGGCCGACGCGCGGGACCAAGCUUGGCUCGAUCUACCUCGACUCGCAUGGCGAGCAGGACAUCGGGCUUCGCCGUGGCCGCCCACUCCAGCUCUCAAAGCCGCUCUUUGCCCAGCUCAACCGCCAGUGGAUCAAGGGCGAGGUCGGCAUUCUCAUUGCCCGCGACGUUGCCGCCCAGUCGCGAAUCAAGAUCGUGCCGUGGGACGCGUACUAGGCCCCACUAUCACACUACGUUCAUUCGACAAGCGCGGCGGCAGCUAGCUGCGUUUCCGCCACGAGCCGGCCGUCCGCGAUGGCGACCGGAACGGCACCGGCUUGGUCGACUUGCUCUUGAGCGAGCCGACACUCCGGCCAGAGACGAGGCCGUGCGAGAAGCUUGGCGAAGUAAACGACGGCGAAACGGUGGAA